CUCUCUCUCUGUUGAUAUAUAUAUAUAUAUAUAACUGUGAAUCCUCCGAUCGGAAGUUACUCUCUUCCUUCCUUCCUCCAGAUUUCUUCGUCCAAGUAAAAUGUCUAGUGGGCGCGGUGGUCGUGGUCGUGGUGCCGGAGGUCGUGGAGGGCAGUCAUCUCCGGCAAUUUCUCGCGGUGGUGGUGGUAGAAGUGGCGGAGGUAGAGGUGGUCAAGGCGGUGGUGGAAGAGGUGGUCAAGGCGGUGGGGGAAGAGGUGGUCGAGGCGGCGGUGGGAGAGAUGGAGGUCGGGUGGAUCAUCCGGCUACACAGCAGUUUCCUUCUCCGACUCCUCAGCCUACUCCGGUUGCUUCCCGUCCUCCACUCGAGACAUCUGCGGGAGCAUCUUCUUCAUCUUCUACAACUGCUGCUCUUUCACAGCCGGAGGCUUCUUCUUCGAGGAUCGAGGCACAGUUGGAGAAGACAUUGGUACUGCAGAAUGUUCCGCCGUCUUCAUCUAAGGCUAUGACUGUGGCUAAGAGACCGGGAUAUGGAACCAUUGGGCGCAAAGUUGUUGUUCGGGCUAAUCAUUUUCUGGUACAAGUUGAAGAUAAAGAUCUCUACCAUUACGAUGUUUCUAUUACACCUGAGGUUACAUCCAAAAAGGUCUGCCGAGACAUAAUACACCAGCUUGCAAAAAUGUACAAAGAAUCUCAUUUAGGUGGAAGAUUUCUAGCAUAUGAUGGUGGGAAAAGUGUUUAUGUUGCUGGUGAACUUCCAUUUGUGUCCAAAGAGUUUCUUAUUAAAUUAGUCCGUAAUGAUGAUGCCGGGUCUUCUCAACCAAAAAGGAAAGAACGUGAAUUCAAAGUAACUAUCAAAUUUGCUUCCAAGCCAGACCUCAAUCAUCUACAACAGUUUUUACAUGGACGGCAGCGAGAUGCUCCUCAAGAAACUAUCCAAGUUCUUGAUGUAGUUCUGAGAACUACACCAUCUAUCCAUUGCACAGUUGUUGGAAGGUCAUUUUUCUCAACCGAGUUCGGAAAACCAGGUGAACUUGGUAAUGGUGUUGAGUAUUGGAGAGGAUAUUAUCAAAGUCUGCGACCUGUACAAAUGGGUCUAUCUUUAAAUAUAGAUGUGUCAGCCAGAUCAUUUUAUGAACCAAUAUAUGUGACAGAUUAUAUUGCUAAACAUUUCAAUUUGAGGAAUUUGCGAACAGCAACUGAUCAGGAUUUCCGGAAGAUAAAAAAAGUACUCAGAGGUGUGAAGGUGGCAUUAAUGUGUGGGGAGCAUGCCAGGACGUACAAAAUUACUGGGAUAUCAUCAGAGCCUGUAGACAGAUUAAUGUGAGUUAAUAUUUGUGUUUCUCCAUAUUCUU